CCCCUUUGCUUCCUGACGCUCUGUCCUCCCUGCCCGCCUUCUCCUACCACAGCCUGUUUCCACUGAGGAAAAGCAAUUGUAUAGAAUGUCUAUUAUCUAGAACCUCUAUUCUUUCGACCCCUUUGCUGAUGCAAAUUAAGAGUGAUGAUCUGCUUCCUGCUGGCACUAAGGAUUACAUCCAUAUAAAAAUUCAACAGAGAAAUGGCAGAAAGACCCUUACUACUGUCAAAGAGAUCGCUGAUAAUUACGAUAAAAAGGAACUAGUAAAGCCAUUUAAGAAGAAAUUUGCCUGCAAUGGUACUGUGAAUGAACAUCCAGGAUAUGGAGAAGUAAUUCAGCUACAGAGUGACCAGCUCAAGAACACAUAUGCUAGUUCCUUGGAGAGACUGGACCGGCUAAGGACGACCAGCUGA